CGCCUCCCCUACUAUUAGCUACAUUUUUCAAUUUUAUAUAGCUUUCCAAAUUCCAACAACACUAUCUCAAAUCAUUCUCCCAUUAUAUACGUACUUCAAAAUUUUGAAAUAGAAAAACAUAAAAGUGAGAAAAGAAAAAGAAAAAAGUAGAGAAAUAAAUCUCAGUCAUAGUACAGAAACCUAGUUAACCGUGUCGUGGUCUUGUUUCCCAAAUCCCUCCGCAAUCUCUCAUCUUUAUUCACUUCCAUGUGAAGAAAUCACCGAAACAAACAUCUUCGAAAAAGAAAAAAAAACAGAGAAAUAGAGUGUGUUAAAAUGAAGGCUAACAGCGCUAAGCUUAUAGUUUUUCACCCUUCUCUACAGAAACAAGGAUCAGGAACAACAACAAUCACUGCUUCACCUCGUAUUUGGUUUCUUGUUUUCCUUUCCUUUUUCACUUUCGCUUUUGCACUUACUUUCUUCACCGCUAAAGAUACAUUACCCAGUACCACAAAACCCUCUUCCACCGCCGUUAACUCUCCGUUACCGGCAAGUGUAUUCAACGCGCUUCUUCACUAUGCAUCUGUUAACUCCACCACCGUUACUUCCCGUAUGUCAACAGUGGAGUUGACCACAAUCGCCACCGUACUCCGCCGUUGCAAAAACCCAUGUAAUUUCCUCGUAUUUGGUCUCACACACGAAACUCUUCUAUGGCAUUCACUCAACCACAAUGGACGUACUGUUUUUGUUGAUGAAAGUGCUUAUUUGGUCUCUAAAUUAGAAGAAAAACACCCCGAUAUCGAAGCUUAUGAUGUUCAGUUCACAACAAAAGUAAGUGAACUCCACGAUUUGUUGGAUUACACUAAAGAACAGAUCAAAGGGGAAUGCAAACCAGUGCAAAAUCUUCUUUUUUCUGACUGUAAAUUGGGCAUUAACGAUUUACCAAAUCACAUAUAUGACGUGGCGUGGGAUGUGAUUUUAAUAGAUGGGCCACGUGGAUUUUCCGCUAAGGCUCCGGGAAGAAUGACGGCGAUAUAUACAGCUGGUGUAUUUGCAAGGAGUAAAAAGGGUAAAACACAUGUGUUUGUACACGAAAUUGAUAGAGAUGUUGAAAGAAUUUGCAGUGAAGAGUUUUUAUGCAGUGAGAAUUUGGUUGAAACGAAGGAAAUAUUGGGGCAUUUUGUUGUGGAAAAAAUGGAAGCUAAUAAUAGGUUUGAGUUUUGCUCUGUUUUUGAUCCUUCUUCAUCUCCAAAAAAAGUAUGAAGACGAAGUAGAUGUCAUUAAUUUCUUUUUUUAAUUAUAUCAAGUUCAUAGAUAUGAGUAAUCUGUAAUAGUGUUCAUAGGUUUUCAAGUGUGAAAUAUUUUAGAAGCUAAAAGCAAUGGUGAAUCAAAUAUUGCUUUUUGAAAUUAA